AUGUUCACCGGAAUCGUCGAGAUAAUAGGAGUCGUGUCCGAGCUGAAUCCUCAAUCCGAGGACGGCGGUACAACCCUCACCAUCUCCAAUGCCUCCGAAAUCCUCGAUGACUGCCACCUCGGAGACAGCAUCAGCGUCAAUGGCACCUGCCUCACUGUAACAUCUUUCGACAAGAAUAGCUUCAAAGUCGGUGUCGCCCCCGAAACCUUGCGCAGAACGAAUCUCGGUUCCCUCAAACAGAACUCCAAUGUCAACCUGGAGCGAGCUGUGUCGGCGAGCACGCGAAUGGGGGGCCAUUUCGUGCAAGGCCAUGUAGACACCGUGGGCACGAUAUUGAAGGUUGAGCCGGAUGGAAAUGCCUUGACGUUUAGAUUCCAGCCAAGGGAUAAGAGUGUGCUCAGAUAUGUGGUUGAGAAGGGAUACGUUACACUGGAUGGGGCGAGCUUGACGGUUACGAAGGUGGAUGAUGAGGAGGGAUGGUGGGAGGUCAUGUUGAUUGCUUAUACGCAAGAGAAGGUCGUUACGGCAAGCAAGAAACCUGGCGACGAGGUCAAUGUCGAGGUUGAUCAGAUUGGCAAGUAUGUAGAGAAGGCAGUGGAGGGGUAUUUUUCCAAGGGAAGUAGUGGGGAGCCAGCGACUCUGCAGAAGAUGGUUGAGAGGAUUGUUGAUGCCAGAUUGAACUCAGCCAAGUAA